CGGGCGGUCAGAAGAGUCCAAACCACAGACAGCGAGAAACCGACCCGCGCGGAGCGAGCACGCGAAGCGUCCCGGAGCUUGGCUUCAGCAUGUCAGUACCUCCCCCUUUCCAUGCGCCUUAUGUUCGUCCUCACUGUCCCCCGUCUGUCCCAUGCGUGCGGUCCUCAAGUAGCUAUGCCGUCCCGCACGCCCUCCCUGCUUCUGUCGUUCUCUCCCCUAGCAUGCCGAGCCACACCCACCCAGAGUCAAGCUGCUGAAGCACACCCUCCCCCCCAAAACUCCACGGUUUGUCAUCCACUAGGAGGGAGGGGGAAACCGAGGCACAGAAGACACUGCCGCCUCUCCCUGAGGACACAGGAGCCCCGCCCAUAGUGGGUGGGGUUGGCCACGAAGGGGUUAAGACCGCGGGGAAGUCUGGGGCUCCAGACCUAGGGGUGGAUUCUGGGGCUUCCUCCCUCUUGGUCCAGAGCUGUAGCUGCUGCGGAGGUGGCCGAUGCAGGUUUCUGUCCCUGGGGCAUGAUCAUGCAGCUGGGCCUCGCCCUGGUACUAGGAAUGGCCCUGUGCCUGGGGUGUGGCCAGCCCCUGCUGUGGGCUCCUGAACGUCCCUUCUCUGUGCUAUGGAACAUACCCUCAGCACACUGUAAGACUCGCUUUGGCGUGCACCUGCCACUAGAGGCUCUGGGCAUCACAGCCAACCGUGGCCAGCGUUUCCAUGGCCAGAACAUCACCAUCUUCUACAAGAACCAGCUUGGCUUCUAUCCCUACCUUGGGCCCAGGGGCACAGCUCAUAACGGGGGCAUCCCCCAGGUUGUCCCUCUUGACCGCCACCUGGCACGGGCUGCCUACCAGAUCCAUCUCAGCCUAGAAUGUGGCUUUGCUGGCCUGGCAGUGCUGGACUGGGAAGAGUGGUGUCCACUCUGGGCCGGGAACUGGGGCCGCCGCCGAGCCUACCAGGAAGCUUCAUGGGCUUGGGCACAGCGGGUAUUCCCCCACCUGAACCCCCAGGAGCAGCUCCACAAGGCCCGUGCUGGCUUUGAACAGGCAGCCCGUGCCCUGAUGGAGGACACACUACGGCUAGGCCAGGCACUGAAGCCCCAUGGGUUCUGGGGCUUCUAUCGCUUCCCAGCCUGUGGCAAUGGCUGGCAUGGUACAGCUUUCAAUUACACAGGCCACUGCCACCCAGCCACUCUAGCCCGAAACACACAACUGCAUUGGCUCUGGGCUGCCUCCAGCGCCCUCUUCCCCAGCAUUUACCUCCCACCCAAGCUGCCACCUAUUCACCACCAGGCAUUUGUCCGAUACCGCCUGGAAGAAGCCUUCCGUGUGGCCCUUGUUGGGCACCCACAUCCCCUGCCUGUCCUGGCCUAUGCCCGCCUCACAUACCGGCAUUCUGGGAGGUUCCUGUCCCAGGAUGACCUCGUGCAGACCAUUGGUGUGACCGCAGCACUAGGGGCAGCCGGCGUGGUGCUCUGGGGGGACCUGAGCUUCUCCAGCUCUGAGGAGAAGUGCUGGCAUCUCCAUGACUACCUAGUGGGCACCCUGGGUCCCUAUGUAAUCAAUGUGACCAGGGCAGCCAUAACCUGCAGUCACCAGCGGUGCCAUGGCCAUGGGCGUUGUGCCCGCCAAGAUGGAGGACAGCUGGAAGCCUUUCUGCAUCUGCAGCCAGAUGGCAGCCCUGGAGCUUGGGAGUCCUUUAGCUGCCGUUGUUACCCGGGCUGGGCUGGCCCUACCUGCCAGGAGCCUAGACCUGAGCCUAGGCCUGAAGAAGCAACAUAAAACCAGAGGUUACCUGCCCCUGACUCUCUUGUCCCUGCUGCCAUUUUUCCAGUCUUGGAGGACAGCUCUGUCCCACUCUUGUUCUAUUCAGUUUAGAGUCAGUCCUCCCAUACACACCCUCCCUUCCCAUGGGAUACCUGGGGAGUGGAAGGGGCCAGGAAAAAAAUGUUGACAGACAA